CAGGGCUAUUCGUUUUCUUCCGCGUACGACCCUGGCUCUUCGAGUUCGACAUCUUUCUCUGGAUACUCUGCCCGAAAUGGCCAGCCGGGCGCACCGAACCCGUCCUUGCAGGCCUCUCGCCCCCCUCCCUCUGCUUCAUGGUACCAGCCCGGCGAUGCGCGAUGCAGGUACAAGAAUUGCUCGUUCAUGGGCUCCAAGAAAAGCGUCGAGAUCCAUAUGAUGGACCGCCACCUCAUAUACCCGCCCGGCUGGGAGAAAAGACAGAAGAAUGACUGGGACGCAGAUCCGAGUCUGAAAGGGAAACCCGUGCCAAUCCCAGGAACCGGUCUGACACUAGAUACACCCGAAGCACUCGACGCAUGGCUCGCCGAACGCAAAAAGCGGUGGCCUUCUGCGAGCAAAGUCGAGGAGAAGAAAAGAAAGGUCGAAGAGGCCAUCGAGCGCGGCCAGCUGGACCCCAGUCUCAGCCUUGAUGGCAGGAAGAAAAGGCGGCUAGAUGACGGCGGCGGCGGAAGAGGUCGGGUCCGAGGCAGAGGAAGAGGAAGAGGAGACAGCGGAUGGGGGAGGGGCAGGGGCAGAGGUGGUGCCUCGGUACCAGCAACAAGGGAACCCAAUGUCUCCGGACCUCUCCCUCCAGCUGGACUGCCUCCUAAGCCUGUAACGGUGCAGGAUAGCAAUCCAACUGAUUCCGAUUCUGACUCGGAUGAUGCACCCGAAGCGGUCUCUUUUAAACCCCCUGCCGGUCUCCUAGACUCAUACGCGUCUUCAGAAGAUGAGGAAAGUAAGGCCAGGGAACCUGUCGACGCUGAGCCCGACCCUCCGAUCCCAGCUAUGACGCAGCAACCUCCGGUUACUGAGCCUCCCGCUAAGCCUGUUCGCAAACCUUUCGUCCCCCAACCGAAGAAGCCCCCAAAUAACCCGUUCGGCUCUCGGCCAUCCCUAUUAAGGAGGUUACUACUCCCCGAAAUCCGUGUAACGGUGUCAAAUUUCUCUCAAGCCAUCCACUUCCUCGUGGAAAACGACUUCUUGGAAAAUGUCGAGAUGAAGCCAGGACAAGCAUCAGAAAAGAUGAUCGAGGUCAUCGGCGAGUCAAACAUUGCUGACCACACCUCAGGGGGUGCUGAGAAGUUGGACGAUGCAUAA